AUGGCGUCGUCUCAGAAGAGUUCCGGUGCGUACAAAUCCGCCUUCGAGAGGGCUGAGGGCGCCGUCACGGCCGUCGUGAGCCCGGUCUACAGCAGAGUGAAAGGGGUUCCCGGUGAUAUUCUUGUUUUCAUCGACAAGAAGGUAGACGAGGCAGCAAACAAAUUCAACGAUUGUGCCCCACAGUCUGCGAAGAAUCUCGUUUCGAAAGCCCAAUCCAUCAUCAAGAAAGCAUCCGAACUAGUCCAUGAGCUGACGGCGGAAGGCCAAGUGAAGGGUCCACUUGCAGCCAUUUCCCAUGUCUGCACAAUCUCAAAACAGGUGGCAGUCAAUCAGCUUGUGGUGGUUUGGUACAAGGCCAACAAGCACCCGAUCAUGCACGGCUUGUUUGAAAUGGCUAUUCCAACAGCUGCUCACUGGUCGGAAAAGUACAACAAGCUGGUCAAGAACCUGAGCACAAAAGGGUUUACUUUCAUGGGCUAUGUUCCUUUGGUCCCGGUUGAGGAAAUAUCGGUGGCGUAUAAACAGGUGGAGGCAGCUGAGUGCAAGAGUGAGUCGGACAAGGAAUAA